ACUGCGUUGCGGAAUAUGAACCAUGUGUAGCCGUAGAGCACGCAACCGGUUGCGGCCCCUACUCAUCCUCCUGCUCCUGAUCUGCUGCGUGGAAGGCUUUGUCAAUUCGCCCAAGAUCAUCAGCAAGGAUGGCAAUCUGAUAUUCGAGUCGGGCGCCAAUCGCAACAUCAGCUUCCGACUGAGCGGCAGCUCCCGCCUGGUGAUCAAUGAGGAAUACGAUGUGCUCGAUCUCCUGAUGCCCAUCGGCGGCAGCAAGAAGCGACCCACAAGCGGCGCUGCCAAGGACGAGUGGAACGGCGUCGAUGACAUUGUCGAUCUGCGCGAUCUUGCCGAUCAGCUAACGGGGUUCAGAACCCAAGCCCUUGGACCCAAUGGGCUCAACGCCAGGUUGAGUCAGGUUCAAAAUAGGACCCGGGCUAGCAACCUGCUGUUGCGACGUCUGCACUCGCGACUGCGCGUCGUGGAGAACAAGGUGCAGCGGCUGAAGACGAAGGUCGAGCUGGACAGCUGCCACAGCAAUCCGUGCGAGAACGGCGGCUCCUGCUUCAAUACCUACAAUGGAUACCGUUGCCUGUGCGUGGCUGCUUUCGAGGGCAGCCGGUGCGAGCGGGAUGUAAACGAGUGCGCGCUGCUGGAGGGCACCGACCUGGGCUGCCAGAACGGAGGGCAGUGCGUGAAUCAGUUUGGCUCGUUCAGCUGCAUGUGCGCGCCCGGCUGGCACGGGAUGCACUGCAGCCAGCGGAAGACGGACUGCUCGGCGGCGAGCAGCUGGGAGCUGUGCGGGCAUGGCAGCUGCGUGCCCAGCAGCGAUGCGACGGGCUAUCGCUGUCUGUGCGAGGCUGGCUGGCGCAGCAACGGACUGACGCCCACGUGCACCGAGGACAUCGACGAGUGUACGGCGGCCGCGCAUACGCCCUGCUCCACCAAGUGCAUCAAUUUGCCCGGCAGCUUCACCUGUGCCCCGUGCGCGCCCGGCCUGACCGGCAACGGCGUCAGCUGCCGCGACAUCAACGAGUGCGAGACGAACAACGGCGGCUGCAGCCUCAGCCCGCGUGUCGAGUGCAUCAACAGCUACGGCUCCAGCCACUGCGGCGAAUGUCCCGUCGGCUGGACGGGCGACGGACGCACCUGCCAGCGCAACAGCAAUAGCAACAGCAACGGGAACGGAAACGGCAACGGCAACGGGAAUGGCAACGGCAUUGGCUACACCAGCUGCUCGCAGCGCAACUCGCUCUGCCAUCCGGCGGCCAUCUGCUCCGAGAUCUCCAAUACCAUCAUCUGCAGCUGUCCCGCCGGCAUGGUGGGCAGCGGCUACGGCGAGACGGGCUGCAUCCGCGGCACCAACAAAAACUGCAAUGAUUUGCCCUGCAUGAAUGGAGGCGUUUGCAUGGAUGCUGGCCCCUCGAACUAUACGUGCAUUUGCCCGCGCGGCUUCCAUGGGCCGCGCUGUGAUCCGUUGCCCGAUGCGUGCACUUCGCAGCCCUGCAAGAACAACGGACGCUGCAGCUCAACGCCCUCGACGGGAGGAGGUGGCGGCGGCGGCUUCGUUUGCCAGUGCCAGCCGGGCUAUCGGGGUCGACUAUGCGAUGUGCGGUUCAGCAGCUGCAAUGCGAUGCUAACCGGAAUGACGGGACGGCUCCGCUAUCCGCCGGGAGGCGACAGCUACGAGCACAACUCGCAAUGCGCCUGGGUGAUUCGGACGAACGAGUCGCUGGUGCUGAACGUGACAUUCCAGAGCUUUGACAUAGAGGACUCGACGGAAUGCCGCUUCGAUUGGCUGCAGAUCAACGAUGGCCGCUCUGCGGCAGCCCAGGUCAUCGGACGCUAUUGCGGCAAUCACAAGCCGCACGGCGGCAACAUCAUCUCGUCUAGCAACCAGCUCUACUUGUGGUUCCGCUCCGACAACUCGACGGCUCGCGCCGGCUUCGAUCUCACCUGGCAGUCGAUGGAGCCGCGGUGUGGCGGCCUGUUUGAGUUCGAGACGCACGGUACCCUCGCCUCGCCGGGCUCGCCCGGCAACUACCCACGCAAUCGCGACUGCCAGUGGCAUCUGGUGGCGCCGAGCAACAAACGAAUCAAGCUGACGUUCUUCAGCCUGCAGCUGGAGGAUCACGACACCUGCAACUUUGACUUUGUCUCGAUAAGCGACGCCAUCUCUGGCCAGGAGCUGUACAAGUUUUGCAGUCGGGAGCGACCGGCUCCGCUGUUGCUGCCCACCCAUGAGGCUAUCAUUCGCUUCCAUUCGGAUGAAAUUGGCACCGACUUGGGCUUUCAGCUGCACUACUCCGCCGAAGAGCGGCUGCCGGGCUGCGGUGGGGUCUAUACCAGCAAGCAGGGCACCAUACAGUCGCCCAACUAUGAGCUCGGUACGGGCGCCAUCGCGUGCGACUACGACAUUCGCCUGGCACUGGGUGAGUCCAUCAGCUUGGACUUCAACAUCUUUCAGCUAGCAGUGGACUCAUGCAUUGAGCUGUAUGACGUCACGCCUAGCUCGAGUGAGGGGGCGACUGCUGUCACCGUACUUCAAAGCAAACAUUGUGGCGGUGCUGCUGCGCUGCCGCCCAGCUUCCACUCGCUCUACAAUCGCAUACGCAUCAAGUUCUACACAGCCAACACGGCCAGCACUACUGUCGAUCGCUUCGAGCUGCACUACCACAUGGACUGCUCACGCACCUACGAUGCGGCCAGCGGGACGAUCACAUCGCCGGGCUACCCCAACUUGACUAGUAGCACACGCUUCUGCACAUACAAGAUACUGACUGAGCCCAAUACGAUUAUUACGCUCAAGCGUGUGGACUUUCAGCUGUCGGACAGAAUGACUGAAAUGUCCCCAGAGGGGGACUCGGACGAGGCCGUUGAGACUGGCGAAUGCAUUGGCGGCACAUCCUUGACCAUCAACGACGGCCUCAAUCGCGCCAUCCUGGGGCCCUACUGUGGCCAGGGGUUGCCCGCCGAGGACUACGUCAGUCAGACCAACAUGCUAAUACUGCACCUCCAGACGCAGCCCAGCAGCACGGGUCGCGGCUUCCGCUUCGACUAUCGCGCCGUGCCCGUGGAGAGCGACCGGUGUGGGGGCGUGCACACCAAGGAGGGCCAGAACAUACGUUUGCCGGUAGAUGCGCUUGGCAACUAUAGGAAUGAGCUGACCUGCUACUGGAUCAUCAUGGCGCCGCCGAACAAGGCCAUAUUGCUGCACUGGCUCAGCUUUCAGCUGGAGGGCACGCCCGACUGCAAUUACGACUAUGUGGAGAUCUACGAUGGCCUAAGUGCUGGCGAGGGGAAGGCAACAAAUGCGAUAGCUCGCUAUUGUGAUACGAAAGUGCCGCAGGAUCUCUUAAGCCACGCUCGCCUCCUCACGAUCAAGUUUGUGUCGGACUUUAGCGAUGUGGCCAAUGGCUUCGAGCUGUCGUACCGGUUCGUCGAGCGCAACAGCUGCGGCGGUCACAUACACGCCUCCAAUGGCAUGCUCAAUUCCCCGGAGUAUCCGCUCAACUACACCAACGGACUCGACUGCAUCUGGCAGCUGAGCUCGCCCAUCGGCAGCCAGAUGGAGCUGCAGUUCGACAUGUUCGAGCUGACGGCCACGCGCAACUGCAGCGGCGAUUGGCUGGAGGUGCGCAACGGUCGCAGCAACAGCUCCGCCCUCAUCGGACGCUACUGCGGCACGAGCAUACCGCGCCGCAUACCCAGCUUCACGCACGACCUCUAUUUGCAUUUCCACACGGAUGACGUGGACAGCGCCCGUGGAUUCCGGCUCUCGUGGCGCGUCUUUGCCAACGGCUGUGGCGGCCGGCUGAUUGGCAAUGAAGGUGUCAUCACCUCGCCCAAUUACCCCAGCACGUAUCCGCACAACGCUCAGUGCGAGUGGCAGCUGCGCGUUCAUUCCGGCUCCAGCUUGCAGAUAGUGAUUGAGGACCUGGAGAUGGAGACUCUCGAUGAUUGCGGCUACGACUAUUUGCGCAUCUACAGCGGCGGCAGCAACAGUCGGCUCUUGGAUCACCCGUCUUUUGUGCUGUGCAGCAGCCCGGAUGAAAAUAGCCGGGUGCUGCUUGUCGAUGAUAAUGAGGCGGUUAUCGUCUUCCACUCGGACAUCAGUAAUGCAGAUCGGGGCUUUCGGCUGUCCUACAGCACCGUCUGCCAGAACAUUGUGAACACUACCCAGGGCGUUAUCGAGAGCAUCAACUACGGCGAGGCCUUCUUCGAGGGCGCCAUCAACUGCAGCUGGCAGCUGCGACCGCCUCGGGGCAAUCAGAUACGGCUGGAAUUCUCGCACUUCGAUCAUCGCGAGAACCGGCUGCCCACCGACGCCGACGGCGGCGUCUAUCUGAUCGAUGGAGCCAGCGUGGUGCCUGUGCUGGGUCUGAUCGCGUACAGCGCCAAGGCCGACAACCUGACAAUUGUCCACAACACGAGCAGCAUCAACUUUCGGCUGGAGUAUCGCGUCGACGGGUGUGUCCAGGAGCUGCGUGGCGAGAAGGGAACAUUCCGGUCGCCCAAGCAUCCGCAGGUGUACCCCAAUGAUGUCGAGUGCUAUUGGCUGAUACACGCAACUCCCGGCCAGGUCAUCGAGCUGACUAUCCUGGACAUGGACAUUGAGGAGAGCGUCAAUUGUACCAAGGAUGCCCUAGUGAUAUCGAAUAGCUUCCGUGAUGUCAACGUCCAUAACAAACACUGUGGCCGUAAGCCCAAACUGAUCUACACCAGUGCCGGACACAAGCUGCACGUCCGCCUCAUCACCGACAGUUCCCACAACGGAAUCGGCUUCAAGGCAGACUAUAAAGUUAUAAAGAGUCCCUGCGGUGGCAGACUGUCGACUAAGAGCGGCAUCAUUCAGUCGCCGAACUAUCCGAAACCUUAUCCGCGGAACAGUGAGUGCGAGUGGCAGGUGGAGGUGACGCCGCAUCACACGAUCCAGUUCACCAUCGACAAUAUUGACCUAGAGUCGGGCUUCGAAUGCGGCUGGGAUUAUGUGGUUGCUUACGACAUGAGCGGGACCAGUGUGAUUUCCAACAUUGAUAUGGACAGCGAUACUCUCGACGAAAGCGAGGCCAAUCAGAUAUUUAAGCUCUGUGGCCGAGCAGGCGACGUGUUGAAUCCGAAGCGAAACGAGUCCGCCACGAAUCGAGCCACCGUGCGCUUCGUCACAGACGACUCAGUGCAGAGCGGAGGCUUUCAGAUAACCUAUCGCGAAUCCUGCGGCCAGAAGCUGGUCAUCGAUGAGUCCGACUUCCAGUACAUGACCUUGUCGCACCAGGUGGCUCGCAACGAGACCUGCGUCUGGGUGCUGCAGGCAGCCGAUCCCAGCAGGCACAUCAUGUUCACGCCCACCCACAUCCAGCUGCACAGCGACGCCUCGGCCCUCUAUCCGAAGGAGGGCGACUGCCAGGCGGACGGUGUCAAGAUCUAUGAGGGCACCGCGGCUACAGGCCGGCCGCGCCAGCAGUUCUGUCGCUCCCAUCCGCCGGCGAUCAUCUCGCGGGGCCACGCUCUCACAAUAAGUGUGCCCCUGGCCCUGGUCGCCGAGUUCGAGGGCCACUACAUGAACAUGGACACGACGUGCGGUAGUAUCUACAAUGGACUCUCUGGGCGCUUCACCUCGCCCUAUUACCCCGACAGCUAUCCGGUGAACAUUGAGUGCGAAUGGGUAGUGGAGGCCAGCGCGGGCAACUCGCAGACUCUGACAAUUGAGUCGCUCGAUCUGGAGCAGUCCGAGGGCUGCAACAACGACUACCUGGAACUGCGCGAAGAGUCGCCGCGCGGUGCUCUCAUUGGUGUCUACUGUGGCAACCAGGUGCCGCCGACGAUUCACUCCAAGGGCAGCAUUUGGAUCAAGUUCAAGAGCAACGACGAUGUUGUCGGCGAGGGCUUCAUGGCCAGCUAUAACUAUGAGCAACACAAUGAGCUCAAUGGUACAGAGGGCGAAGUGGAAUCCCCCCACUAUCCAGACAAGUUCGAGAGCAAUGUGCCGUACAGCUGGCGCAUCACCGUCGACACGGACUACGUGGUCUUGGUCAACCUGAAGCACUUGCGCGAUGUGGACCAGCAGCACGUUCGCUUCUACGACGGCUACACGGACAUCGGUGCCCAGCUGGCGGUGCCGGCAUAUAAGCCACUAAUCUCCAGCACCAACGUGCUCUACGUGACGGCCACACGGGGCCCGUUCCAGUUCAGCUGGGAGCGCCUGUCCAAGGAGGCAUUGGCCUCGAAUCGCACCGCCGAGCUGCAGGCUCGCCAGUGCGGCCAGCAGUUGGUCUCGCUCAAUCGGUCGGUCAUUGCGUUCAACUCGCCCGGCUAUCCGUUCGGCUAUGCCCACAACUUGCAUUGCGUGUGGACCCUGGUGCCCAGCAAUCCGGCCACACAUGCGGCCGUGCAGCUGAUGGUCGUUGACUUUGAGCAGUUCUCGAACGAUUGCUAUGCCGACUAUUUGACUGUGUCCAGCAGCAGUGACAUGCAGGACUGGACGGAGCUGACGAAGAUAUGCAAGCAGCCGAACACUACGGAGAAGCUAGUGUUUCACGGCCAGCCGUACUUGCGCCUGGAGUUCGUCACCGAUGCGAGCGUGAAUAGGACGGGCUUUGCGAGCGUGCUUCGCACCAUGUGCGGCUCGGAGCUGACUGCCCCACAGGGCACGGUCAACAUCACGGAGCUGGUGUCCAACGUUCUGGUGUAUCCCCUGGAGUGCGUCUGGACGAUACGCGUGCGUCAGGGCAAACGCAUCCGGAUCACCUUCCUCGAGUCGCAGCUGAGCACCCGGAACAGCGUCGUGGAGAUGGACAGCUGUGCCAAUUUCAUUGUGGUGCGCAAUGGCUAUGCGGAGGACUCGCCGUUCCUCGGCCGUGGCAAGUACUGUGAGAGCAAUAUUACCGAUGUGCUGGAGACCAGCUCCAACCGGGCGUACAUCAAGUUCCAGAAGAAGCUAUCGCCGUAUUUCCGUGCCGCCUUCCGGUACGAGGAGCUGGGCCACGGCUGCUCCGGCCACAUUCUCCUGGAGGAGGGUCCCGGCAACAAUAGCGAACGCCUCAUCAGCUCACCCAACUAUCCCAAUUUGCCGAACCCGCACUCGGAGUGCGUGUGGCGCAUCAGUGCACCGUCUCACCAUCGCAUCGCUGUGCAGUUCGUUGGCAACUUUGAUCUGACGCCGAGCAGCAAUGGGAACGGGAACGGGAACGGGAACAGCAGUGAGGAGGAUGACGGAUGCGACCGGGAGUUUGUUCAGCUGAACGAUGGCAGCACCGAGCUCAUGCCUCAGCUCGGCCGGUACUGCGGCAACCGUAAGCCGGAUAUUGUCUACUCAUCGGGCAGCGAGCUGCGCAUAAAGUUCUACACGAGCGUGCUGGAGCCGCGUCCGGGCUUCCAAGCGCUGAUCAAGCUGGCCGACUGCGGCGGCAGCUACUACAGCGCCAGUGGGCUGAUUCACUCGCCCAGUGCGGAGCAGCUGCAGCUGCAUCUGCAGCCGAAGAAGCUCAAGGAAUGCGUCUACACCAUCGAAGUGGAAAAGGGCAGCACAAUCGAUCUGCGGUUCGAGAUGAUGCAUCUGCCGCUGGCAAUAGACUCCGGCAACUGCACGGAGGACACGCACUUGGAGUUGGAGGAGAUCGAGCCGUUCGGCGACACCAUUAGCGAUCGACUGACGAUUUGCGGCACUACCAGUCGACACUUCCUGGUCGAGACGAACAAAAUUGUGAUACGCCUGCGCAUGCCCAGCGGCCAAUUGGGAAGCGAUCAGAGCUUCCAGCUGCGCUAUAGCGCGAUCGGAGCUCGCUGCGGUGAGACCAUCCACGCGGUGCAGGGUGUGCUGCAGACGCCGAACUACCCGUCCGGUGUCCGGGUGCCAACGCACUGCGCCUGGCGCAUCCAGGUGCCGAAGGGGCGGCGCGUCAAGGUGGAAGUACUGGACUUCGACAAUGGCGCCACCGCGAACAACACGCACAGCACCUUCCGUGGCCGCAUCACCUUCUCCAACGAUCACAGAAUACAGUCGAUUAUCGGGCGGUACUCCAACAAUCCGCCCGCCGAGGUCAUCUCCACGGACAACACGAUGGGCAUCGACAGCUUCCUGCUGCCCUUUAGUCAGCAUCGCGGCUUCAAGCUGCGCUUCAGCGCCUUCGGCCAGAGCGAGUGCCACUCCCGCUUCGACUUCUCCGUCAGCAGCGUCCUGCUCUUCAGCAGGGAGAACGACAGCAGCGUGGUCUACUGCAGCUACGAGCUGCGACCGCCCGAGAACAGCACGCUGCUGCUGCAGGUGCAGCGCUUCAACAGCAGCUUCAUGCCCAACACACACAUAUGCCGCGUCAUGACGCCCCUCAAGCUGACACGUCCCGACGAGGCUGAGCCGCUGCUGCCGCUGCUGCUCUGUCCGAGCGGCCAGGCCAGCCAGGCCAGCCAGGGCAAUCAGGUCAAUGAGACGGUGCCCAGCGUACGCCUGCCCUUUCCGGUUGUGAUGACCGUCUCCGGCAAUCGACGCAACAACAUGAGGCUGCUCGAGCUGGCCUACAGCCUGCAGCGCUGCGGCGGCAUUGUGCCCCUAGAGCUGAGCGACAAUGUGACCAUCAGCCAGCCCAGCCAUCUGGCCGGCGAGCAGACUAUCAACUGCGCCUGGGCCGUCGGGCCGGAUCAGACGAUCGAGGAGCCGCUUUCGCCCCAGGACGUCCAGCUGGAGGUGUUCGUGAGCGUCAAUCUCGAGGGCGAUUGCAAGCUGCACUACCUCAUCCUCUACAGUGGACCCGAUCAGAACUCGCCCGUUAUGGGCCGCUACUGCAGUCAGGCGACGGCCGUCAAUUUGGUGGUGGAACGUGGCCUAUUCAUCGAAUACCAUCUCGAGCCGCCGGCCAAUGCCAAUCGCAACUCCAGCUUCAAUGUGACCGUCAAAUACGGCAGCGGCUGCGGUGGCCGCUUGACCUACCCCUAUCGCAUCAUCGACUUCAGCGAGCAGUACAAGAACAAUGUGGAGUGCAUCUGGGAAAUCGAGGCCGAUCCGGGCUUCCAUAUUGCGCUCUCGUUCCAGGGACGCUUCUACAUCGAGGACAGCGCCAACUGCGCCAAGGACUAUCUGCGUGUCCAGGAGCGCAACAGCAGCCAGUCAUCGUCGACGGGCAACUGGACGGAUUUGGCCAACCUAUGCGGUCGCGAUCCGCCCAAGAUCAUUGAGUCGACGGGGCCAGCGAUGCGGCUAAUCUUCCGCUCCGAUGGCGACACAACGGCCGAUGGCUUCAGUGCGCUAUUUGAGCGCAUCUGCGGCGGCGACCUCCUCGCCGGCCCCGAGCCGCAGGAGAUCAUCAGUCCCGGCUAUCCGAAGGGCUAUGCCAAGAAUCUCUACUGCAACUACACAAUCAAGCCACGCGACUCGAAUGCAGUCGGCGUGCUGGUGAGCCUGCUGGACUUCGACCUGGAGCGCUCGCCCAUGAGUGUUUGCAUGUUCGACAAUGUGACGGUGACGACGCGCGACGCUGCCGAUCGGCAGCAGGAGGUGGUCAUCUGCGGGCACAAGAAUCAGUAUGCGUACCGGGCGGCGAAGUCCAUUAGCUUCGUGUUUCGCUCGGACAGCUCGUUCAGCGGGCGUGGCUUCAAGCUGGAGUACUCGACGAAUCUGUGCGGCGGCGCUGUAAGCUCAACGCAAAUGGUGGAGUCGGUGCGACAGCAUCAGGACAACAUGAUGCCGCACAACAGCGACUGCUACUGGAAUCUGACGGCGCCGGAGGGCCACAAGUUCACCGUCAAAUUCGAGCUGCUCGACUUUGAGGACGGCAAUCAGCUGUGCAGCUACGAUGGCGUCGAGGUCUUCUCCAGCCCCGUGCCGGACGAGAAGCAGCGCUUGGCGCGCUUCUGCGGACGCCUGACCGACGAGCUGCCCACCCUGCAUAUACCCACCAGCCGGGCGCUCAUACACAGCUACUCCGAUGAUCGGGAUCCGUCGGUCGGCUUCCGGGCGCUGGUGCGCGUCAUGCCCAACUGUGAUGAGAGCAUCUAUCUGGGCGAGCGCAAUGCGAGCUACACGUUCAACAAGUUUGUCGGCUCCUAUGCAAACGAUCUGGACUGCAGCUUUAAGUUCCGGGCGGAUUCCGGCUUUCAGAUCAGCGUCGAGUUCCGCAGCUUUCACGUGGAGGAGACGAAGGACUGUUCCGGUGACUUUUUGGAGUUGCGCGAUGGCGCCGGACCGUUCGCCGAUGAGAUCGGCAAAUUCUGUGGCCAGAACUUGCCACCGACGCUAACCUCAUCGCGCCACGUGCUCUUCAUGCGGUUCGUCACCGACUCAAAGGUCACGGACACCGGCUUCGAGGUGAUUGUUACGGCCAAGCCGCUGCAGUGCGGCAGCUCACUGAUCAAGCUUGAUGGCAAGCAGCCCUACGACCUGCGAUCCCCGGUGAAUGAUCGCGGCAACUACGACAACAACGUCUUCUGUCUGUGGAAGAUCGAGAGCGAGAUAUCGCUGCAUCUCAAGUUCGUCAGUCUCGAUCUGGAGGCGCCCAAUGCGACGGGCAGCUGCGACGCGGACUUUAUCAAAAUCUACAGCUCGGAGGAUGCGCAACUUGUGGAGCAGGGCUAUGGCGAUAUGGUGAUCUUCAACGGACGAAAAUCGUCCCGUUUGUAUAACGAAUUUAACUUGGAGCACGUCUAUUGCGGCAAUGGCUUGCCGGAUGAUUACUAUCCAAAUUCCAAGCAAGUGUACGUGAAGUUCCGUAGCAAUGGAGCCGUUACCCGGCCCGGCUUUCACAUUCGCAUUGUGCCGGACGCCACCUGCAAGUUCAGCUAUGGCGGCCUGCAGGGCCGUGUGAAGAUAUCGGAGAGCUUGGACUGCGAUGCUGAAAUCUUGGCACCGGCUAAUUACACACUUAGCCUUUACUACGCCGAGGUGGUGUUCGGCUCGUCCGACUGCAAUGUGGAGAACAUCGAAAUCUUUGACAAGGUCAGCAACAAGUCGCUGCAGCGCGUGUGCUCCUACAUGAAUCCAGGCAAGAGCCUGUUCACGUCGACAAAUGAGCUGCGGCUGCACUUCAAGACGGGCAGCUACUUCAACAGCUUCGACUUGACGUACAUUGCGUCACCCAUCGCCGACGGACCCGGCUGCGGUGGCCAGCUGUACAACACCGAGGGCAUCUUCGCCAAUCCCUUCUACCCGCAGAAUGUGCGCAACAACUCCGACUGCCGCUGGAGUGUUCGUGUGCCGAGCAACACGCGAGUCCUGCUCUACUUUGAAUUUUUCAACCUUGGCUCGAAGGCCACCUGCCAUACGGACUACCUUGUGAUCCAGGAGCAGAACGAGCGCAACGAAUUGCAGGAGAUGCGACGCUUCUGCGGCGAGGACCAGCCCCGCAUCUACUUGAGCAAGCGCAGCCAGCUCUUUGUGCGGUUCCACAAGUCGGUCAACUACGACGGCAUCGGCUGGGUGAUCAAAUUCUCGGGCGUCUACGACAAUUACGAGAUACCCAACUAUCUGCUUGAAUAGAGGAUGUAUAAAUCCAUACUGAAACCAAUUACAAUU